AUGGAAGUGUGCCGUUUGUGCAUGAGUUAUUCUAAUCCAACGAAUGAUCUGAAUGAUGAAAAUAUAUAUAACCAAAUCCGGGAAUGUCUUAGACUGGAGAUUGAUCUUAAGGACAAACGAUUGCCUUCAACAAUAUGCCUGGUUUGUGCCAGAAACGUCCGUAAGUUUCAUCGAUUUGGGCGUGAAUGCUGGAAAACGCAGAGGUUGCUGAAAGAUGACGGAUUUGUUAAGGUGGAAAAAGUCUCCAACUUGCGCCUUUCCCUCGAAGGAAAUGCCAGUUUGGACGACUGUGGCAAACUACAAUAUCAACCAGUGAAAAGGGAAAUGAUCAUUAAACUAGAGGAAAUUAGUGUUCCACUUUCUUUGGCAACCGAUUCACGCCGAGAUCCAGAAGAAAGAAGUCAAACCACAGAGAUUGGACCGAACAUGGAGCUGAUUAAACCAUUACCUUCACCCACGGAAGCAGACCACUUUAUUCAAGAAUGUAAAAUGGAAUCUCAAGUCCAGAUUGACUUUGAAAUAGAAUUUUUGGAUUCGGAUUCUCUCGGUCAGAAGUAUAUGCCGAAUCUGGAGGAGCAUGUACCAUUUCGAUCCUCUUGUACGCCCGAUAACACAAAGUUGUGCACCACAAGUCGAAAACCAAUGACGGGAAAAGCACUAUAUAGAUCCUUACUCAUGGAAUGCACUACUUGUGGUAAAAUGAUUGAACGAAACAGAAUGGAGGGACAUACGAACAAGCACAAAGGAAUUCGUCCAUACGCUUGCGGUACGGAUGGCUGUGAAGCUACAUUUCACUGUAAACACGCCCGCCGACUUCACAUUCGCUGUCGGCAUGGCAAUGAAUCUUUUCCUUGUGAAGCCUGUGGCAAAGCGUAUAAGGCUAGACGUGAUUUGUUGGGACAUAUACGAGAGUGCCACUCUGAACCUAGAUUUGAAUGUGACUUGUGCCCCAAGAAGUUUACGACAAGGUCACGUAUGAACCAGCAUCGAGAUUAUCAUAUUGGUAAUCGCAAACACGCCUGUACCGUCUGUCCUAUGAGAUUUUACAACAAAUUUCAACUAAGAGUACACACUAGAAUUCACACAGGAGCGAAACCUUUUGCUUGCCGGAUGUGUUCACAGUUCUUCACGUAUCGCCAUAUGGCAAAGGAACAUAUUGCUCGCUUUCACGGUGUCAAAAGAACGGUGGAUAAGGAAUGGAUCAUACAUUUUCCUGAACCUUCUAUUACAGAUGACAUAAACUUCAAAGGCCCUUGUUGAGUCGGUCGCGGUGUUGCAGGCCAAGACCGCUCGGCGGUUGUAAUGGCUGGAUAAGAAACUUCUAAGAAAUGGAUACCACACUUUUGCAUAAUAUGAUGGAAACUCAAUACCGACACCAAAUGCCAACUAUAUUGUAGCAAAUAAACGAACCU